UGUCCCCCUCUGCCCUGCAGCCCCAUCCCCGCUGCCCUGCAGCCCCUUGUCCGUUCUCUCCUCGCUCCACCUGACCGGGGAUUUUGGGACCCGCAGUCUCCUCAGGAGCUGCUCUGACCCCGGUGAGCAGUCUCUGUGAUUGCUGCUGGUUUUGCUGGCUAACAAGGGAGGCGACUGAGAACAGGACUGUUCCUGCAAAGCCUUUGAGACCCCUGGGGCUGCAACCCUGGGCUGAGCUGUAACAAAAGCAGAAUCGGUAAUGUAAUCAGCCAUUUUGCCCCAGCUCAAUAAACGCCAUGUGGGAGGUGGUGCUGUGAGCGGAUCCUGGUCUCUGCAAACAGCACCGUUCCCCAGGGACAGACCGAUGCCAGUCACCCGUUCAGCGAGAUGGCCACGCUGAGCGUGAAGCCGGGACAGCGGUUCACCUUGCCGGACUGGCACACCAACGCUGACUUUCUCUCCGCUGAUGCUGAGCGCCAGCGUUCGACUUCCCACCAGGUCCGGCAGGAAGGCCGAGCUCUCCGCAACGAAACCAACAACCAGGCAAAAUGGGAUGAGCACGACAACCGAACCCGCCUGGCUGAACGUAUCAGCAGCGUGAACAGAUGGAAGGAGACUCUGGACAAAUGCCUCACAGACAUAGAUGCGGAAAUCGAGGCCUUAGCCAAAGUGAAGGAAGCAGCAGAACGCGCCCUCCAAGCGAAGAACUUGUCCUUGGACGUCGCCAUUGAGUGCCUGACGCUCCGCGAGAGCCGCCGCGCCAUCGACGUGGUGCGGGACCACGUGGAGGAGGAGCUGCACAAGGAGGUGAAGCUGAUAGAGAAAGCCAAGAGAGAGCUGCAGGAGAGAGUGGACGAAGCCUUCGAACAGCUGUGCCUCUUGCAGGAAGCUCGCCAGCAGCUCAGCUUCGACCACCGCUGCAAGAUGGAAGCGCUGGAAAUAGAUCGCGUGUGCUUGUCCCUCAGUGUGGACUCUCCCAACAUCUCCUACAAGGUCAACCCAACACGUGUCCCAGACGGAACAACUGGACUUGAUGGCUGGGAACAGAACAGCCAAGGCAACAAGGAGAAUGCUGAGGCAGAAAUGAAAGCCUCGACUAAGCUCCGAGAAGAAACUGCGCUCACCAUUGCGCAGACAAACAACGCGCUGGAGGCUCAGCGUGUAGCGACAGAGUUUGCCUUCCGCAAGAGGAUUAGAGACCUGGAAAGAGCCUAUGAUGAGCUGAAAUGGCAGGAGCAGAACACCUUGGAGGAGAUUGCUGAGAUGGAGGAGGACAUCCGGCGCUUGGAAGAAGAUCUUCGAAGGAAAAUGCAGGAUCUGAAGGUGGCGCACACCCGCCUGGAGACCCGCACGUAUCGGCCCAGCAUGGAGCUCUGUCGCGAUCAGGUCCAGUACGGGCUGACAGACGAGGUCCAUCAGCUGGAAGCAACGAUCCGUGCGCUCAAAGAGAAGCUGGCAGAGGCACAGGAUGCCCUGAGCGCUCUUUACAGACAACUUCACCGCAUCCAGACCGAUAUGGGCUACAAAGCCAACUCCCUGGUGCUGGACAACAAGUGCAUGGACAGCCGGAGGAAACUCGUCGUCCCCGCCGAGAAAUUUGUGCCGGAGGUCGACACUUUCAACCGGACCACGAACCGCCCGCUGUCCCCGCUGAAGAACGGGCAGCUGGAGUUGGCUUAGCGCACCGGGAGCGUUGUGCAACGAGUCACGCCGAGGGGAAAGCCACCAGUGAUUCAGUUCCGCAGCGAGGAGCGCCGACAUCUGUGUUGUGUUAGGAUAAUGUAAUUCUCCUCCCUCCUCCUGGUUUGUUAUAUAACUGUCUGUCCCCCUGUAUGAUGUUUAUUGCCUCUUGCACUCCAAGGAGCAUUAUAAACAAUAAAAGAGUCUGUCCCCAAGA